AUGUAUAGAUCUCAGCCAUGUCUUCAAGGGUUAUCCCUCAUCUUCUUGGUUCCACUGUUUUUCAAUUUCCAUACCUCAUAUGGUGAUGUUGGCACUGCAGCCCUAUAUUCUCCCCCAUAUCUACCCGCGGCAUGUUAUGGAAGCGAUGCAUCUCAGUUCCCAUCCACCAAAUUCUUCGCGGCAGCUGGUCAUGGAAUAUGGGACGAAAGUGCAGCAUGUGGGAGGAAGUACUCUGUGAGGUGCAUCAGUGAUUCAACACCAGAUGCUUGUAAUCAAAACCAGACAAUUCAGAUCGCAAUUGUUGAUCAUAUUGGUCAAGAAGCUUCUGUCCCGUCAGCUUAUAACACCACCAUGUUUUUGUCUGCGACAGCUUUCAGGACUAUUGCAAAUUCAUCUACUACUUCUUCUCCCUAUAUCAAAAUAGAAUUUCAACAGUAA